AUGGUCUCAUGUUUGUUGUUCAUCGUACCAACACUUUUUCAUGAAAUCAAACAAUCCUUAUCUUCCGGCCUACAUGAAGCUCAUCGAGACGUGCUGGCCCAGGAAAAGCUCGCGCUCGCGCUCGACCCUCUCCGUGCCCGCUCUCUCCACCUCUCCACCUCGUCGUCGCCCGCUGACCAUGUCCAUCGGGGAGACGAAGAGGGAGACACACGACGGUUGCUCGCCAGCGGCGUCCUGCGAGCCUGGCUCGACUCCCGCACCGAGACCAGCCUCGUACCGCCCCUCGCCUCCGACCCGGACACUCGCCUCCGCACGUCCGCCGCCAAGCGCGCCGAGUACGCCAGACUCAUCGACUGCGUGCUUCGCGCCGCCCCGAUCAUGGUCGAGAAUCUCGACAGCCUCGGGCGGCUCAGGAAGCUCUUUGUCCGCCCCGACACCUCGCCUAGAGCGAGGGGCGGCGAUAAGGGAGAGCUGGAGUGGCAGGCGGCGCGGCUGGCCGAGAUGGAUCGCCGGCUGGGCAAGUUGCACCGCGCCUGCGCGCUCAACAUGGACCUUAUGGCCUGUCUGAACUCCUUCCGUCCACGGACCCCCAGUGCCGUGCCGGCCGAGUAG